AUGAAAAUGCAAACGAAUGAGCAUCGGUUGAAAAUGUCAACAGAAAAAAUUAAACAUUUCUACUUCACUGUGACAGUUUCGUUGUCGUGUUUCUUCCUCUUGUUAUUGUUCUAUGGCUGGUACACAUUACGAAAGAGGAGAAAUCAAAGCUUGACACAACAAUCAAUUGCAAGUUUUAGGAGAAGAACAAAUAAUGAACCGAGAAGCAAUCGAGGAAGCAACACAAGUUCUAAUUUUGACAAACACUUUCAGCAAAGUUUAUUACUAAACAGCAGAAUUUAA